AGCCAAACCCAACCCAUAUCUUCCUCUGUCUCUCCCUCUCUCUAACCUACCUUAUAAAAAAAUUAAAAAAAAAAUCUCAGAUUUAUCCAUUUCUGUUUAUUAAUUUAAUCUUUCCUGCUUGAAAAUCUCCUCCUCUUGGAGGAGCCUCCUCUGGCAGCACAGGCGUUCUUUGUGAAGAUCGUGGGAUUCUUUUUAAAGAAAGAAGAAAAAAAGAAAAAGAUGAACAUGUGUGCAUAUGAGCAGAACGCCAUGGCAGGCUGCGAAGGUUUGAGGAUGGUGGGCUCUGUGGUUUGCCCUAAACCUCGUCGUUUGGGUCUCCUUAAUCCCUCCAUUAACGAGCAGAUCAGACCCUUUAGAUACCCCAUCAUUCAAAAUCAAUCAGAAAUCGGAGAUACGCAAGAGGGAACAGAGCUCCUUGAUAUUAUCCUCACCAAGGGAAAUAGUACAGAGAAACCCAGUAACCAAGUGGCUUCAUCACCACCAUAUUUUUGUGGGUCACCACCAAGCAGAGCAUCGAACCCUGUAAUCCAAGACGAGCGAUUCGGAAUCUGCAAGGUGGGUGGUCCAUUAUCUCCGGCGCCGGCGCCGGCACCUCCAUCGCCAACCUCUCGUAAAGGUGGUUGUGCUCGUUUGAAAUUUGGUCACAAACCAGCCACUGUGCGUAUUGAAGGGUUUGAUUGUCUCAGCAGAGAUAGCAGAAACUGCAGCAUCUCAGCUGUUGCUUAAAAAAAAUAAAAAUAAAAAGAAAUGGAAAAAAAAUGGUAAAUAGCCAUAUAAGGCACAAAAAGUUUUUCAGAAAUGAAGUAUUUAGAGGGAUUUUGGUGGUUAACACAGAGCAGAAGAGAGAGGGAGUAAACUGUCUGAUUUUGGAUGUCUUUUUUAGACUUGUAAUAUUUUUGUAUAUACAGGUGAAGAAGAAGAAAGAGAAGAAGUUUGGUGUUCUUUUUUUUCUUUUUGGGUGGGUUUUAGUUUGGUUUUGUGCUUUUAUCUCUAAAGAAAAUUGAGAUUUGUGUAUAUGUAAUUAAGUUGAUGAGAGAGAUUCCAUUUUGAGAAAUAAAAGAGAGAGACAGAAAAAAAAAAAAAAGCAAAAGUGAGAGAGAGAUAAGGCGCGCAAAGUUCUUGUUUCUCUUAGGUAGAGUUGUUUUUUUUUUUUUUAAUUAUUAUGUAUAAUUUAAAAUGGAAGUCUUUGAGUA